AUGGCGUCUACUCACAGCUCCAAGCAGCGCCUUGCGCUCGCUAUCUGCGAUUUCCUCUCCGCUUCAACGAAUGAUGGCACUCUCACCGCUGACGACAAGGACUCCAUCGAUGUGGCGAUUAACUGCAUCGCCGAGUCCUUCAAGGUCGACCCUUCCGAUACCUCUGCUGUCUCUUCUGCCAUUGGAUCCCAGAACCUCCUCCAGAUCUACUCUGUCUUCGAGAAGGCCCGCGCCGAUAAGCCCGCCGCUGCCGCUCCUGCCCCGGCACCCGUCGAGCUCACCGAGGAGCAGCGAAAGGAGGCCGAGUCUUUGAAGUCUAAGGGUAACGCUGCCAUGGCCCAGAAGGAUUACCGCGCUGCCAUCGACUUCUAUACCCAGGCUCUGGCUAUCAACUCUACCAAUGCCGUUUUCCUUUCCAACCGUGCCGCCGCCCACUCGGCCAACAAGGACCACUCCUCUGCCCGCGCCGACGCUGAGGCUGCCGUCUCUAUCGACCCCGCUUACACAAAGGCCUGGUCUCGUCUUGGACUUGCUCGCUUCGCUCUCGGCGAUGCUCGUGGUGCCAUGGAGGCUUACGACCGUGGUAUCCAACAUGAGGGUAACGGUGGUUCCGACGCCAUGAAGAAGGGUUACGAGACAGCCAAGCGCCGUGUUCAGGAGAUGGAGGCCGAGGAGGACACUCUUCCCCGUGCUUCUCCUAGCGCUGGUGGUGACGUUGGUGCUGGAGCUGGUAUGCCCGACCUUGGCAGCCUUGCUAGCAUGUUCGGUGGCGGUGCUGGUGGUGGCGCCGGUGCUGGUGGUAUGCCCGAUCUCAGCAGCAUCAUGAGCAACCCCAUGUUUGCUGGCAUGGCCCAGAAGCUUAUGAGCAACCCCGAUCUUAUGAACAACCUUAUGGGCAACCCCCGUCUGCGCGAGAUGGCCGAUCGCUACUCUACCGGUGGUGGUAUGCCCGACCUUGGCAGCCUCAUGUCCGACCCCCAGAUCGGAGAGAUGGCUCGAUCCAUGAUGGGUGGUGCUGGUGGCAACCCCUUUGGCGGCGCUGGUGCCGAUGGUGCCAGCGGACAAGGUGGACAGCCUGGACAGGGCGGACAGGGUGGUGCGCAACAGUAG